AUGAAGCAGCCAAAGACCGCGAAACAGCUCGAUGAUUGGCUGCGGAAAGUUUCGAUUUUUACGUCUUUUGCAGGAGAAGGGCAAAAGUCUUUUGAGAAUGAAUUGGUGGGAAGGAAGCAGCGAAACUCGCCUUCUAAUUGCACCGGAUUCCGCGAAAGGGUUGGCCAUUUCUUAUCACUUCGGCAUCCCAAAUCAGGAAAAGCAACAUGCUACCUUGUUGUCGAUGAGAAGCUUUUAGAACUUCAAUGGUUUAAGUUACCUUAUGGAUCUUGGUUUCUGGGAGAUUACGUCCAUAAAGAUGGUUGCCUGUAUACUGCCACACCAGUUGAUCCAGUUUUCAUCAUGUUGCCCCUUUUUGAGGAAGCUAAGAUGAAGAAAGCAGAUGAUCCUGGGAAGUUUAGGCAAUUGGAUGAGAUUUUGUUUAUAAAUGGUUACCCUGGAUAUCAGCAUUUAUUGGCCAUUGCGGAGAAGUCCAUGCAAGUGGUUUGCGAAGUUAAAGAAAUUGGAUCAACAAGGUUUUUUAGGCUUGAUGACACUAAGGUUCUUGCUUGGUUGUCAAACAAGGUACACCGAGUGAAGCAGACUCUGAGUACUCUGGACAAAAACUAUGCUGCCCGAUCUGAGAAAGAGAUGUUAGCUGAUGCUGUCUCAAUAAUGGGGGAGUACUUGCUGGAUGAACCUUGGUUGAAAAAUCUCUGUGAUAGUCUGAAAUUGAAUUUAGGGGAUGUUGGAGAGGCAGCUCAUAAACAAAACCUUCAAGAUGGAGCAGAGACAAAUGACUUUGGAUCUCCUGUAGCCUUACAGGGAAAGAGUGGGACGGAAAAAAGGGCUUCAAAGGUUGGAAGGCAAGUUAAAAAAGCAAAAGUAGAGACGGAUUCUCAAAAUAUCAAAGAAAUGUUCACCAGGGCUUCGAGAAGGACCAGAUAAAUCUUGUCCGAGUGGAGUAGAUGAAGAAACUCCCCGUAACAAGAUGACCAGAGACAUUCCUUCACUGCCUUUUCCAGUCUUUGGCUGAUUUGUUCCUAGUAUUGGAGCCAGAUGAUCCACACAUUCGGCAAUCAUCCGGUCACGGCUGAUUUAUCUGUUGGAACUUUAACCACACUUUCUGCUAAGUAUGGACUUCAAUACCCGAUGUUGUAAAAAUUUUCAGCUUGU